GAGUGACGCCUUAGCCUUCCGGUUUCCGGUUGUAGAUGCUCUUAUCCCGUCGUCAUUCCACUUCCGCGGUUCCGGACCCCAACGGCACACAGCGCGCCUUCCCCUCCCCUGUUGCCCUCUAACUGCAGCGCGAGAAGCGGCACGGGCUCCUCCUCCUCGUCGCCGGGUACCAAUCCACCAGCGAGAAGCUUCUCCUUCCCCUCCCCCCUUUCAUCUUCCUCGUCGCGGAGAGACGAAAGCGGCGGAGGGAGCGUCGGGGUCGGGGUCCCCGUCGGCGGCACCGGCACGCAAGCCUGGGCUCAAAUUUCAGCAUCGGCGCACCAAGUAGUCGAGAUUUCAGAAGAGAGGCUUCAUGCAGGUUUGUGGCGUUCAGUUGAGCUCAGCAACAUCUCGCUGGCGAGAAUCAUGGCCGUCAUUUCGUGGAUCCUUCGAGUGUGCUGGACAUAGCUGUUGCAUCUCUGGGAUUCAAAGACCGUUAUGUAGAGUACAAUGCUGUCAGGUGCCACGUUCUACUAGAAAUGUAGCUCAUCUUCAGAAGGAGGACAAAUAUUCUUGUGUUGAUAGGUCAACUUCUUACCUGCACGUGCAAACUCUUAGGAAUUUCCCAAUUGAAAAACUUUAUGGAGAGGUGGUCCUGGUGCGACUUGAUUCUGUACUUCUUUUAGAUCCUCUAGGACUAUUUAGUUGCUCACUGAAAAAGACACUGUCAACUAUCAAAUACCUGUACAAAGCAGGAGGGAAAGUUCUUCUAGUUACCAGUUGGGAUCCAGUCCUCCAAUCUGUUAAUCCAGUGCUCAAGUCAACCGAAUCUUUUGCAGACUACAUGUCAUCGCUUCUUCAAGUAAAGGUCAUCCCAGUGAAUGGUGCACCUUGUUUAACAUCAUGUAAGAAGGAAGAACGGGUGCAGAAUGAUAUUAUCUUGUUUGAAAAUCUUUUGAACUUCAGGGGAGAAAAUGCAAACUGCAAUGAUUUUUCUCAGAAGCUAGCUUCAGGUGCAGCAAUCUUUGUCAAUGAUUCUUUCUCAUUAUCUCAUAAGAUUCGCGCAUCAACGGUUGGCAUCACUCGUUUCUGCUAUGCAUCUCUUGCUGGUUUCCAUUUUGAGGAGGAGCUUAUGCAAUUGCUAAAGAUCAAUGACACCACAAGGCGCCCAUACAUUGCAAUAAUUGGAGGCAGUAACUUCUUGAGAAAGGCACCUGCACUGCAUCUGUUAGCCUCUCAAUGCGAUGGGUUGUUUUUUGUUGGAAAAUUAUCAUUUCAAAUAAUGAAUGGCCUUGGAAUUCCAGUGUCCUCCUGUUUGAUAGAAAAAAAUGCUACCAAGGAAGUGUUACAACUUAUUGAAAUAGCUCAUAAUAGGAACAUUCCUAUUUAUUAUCCAACAGACCUGUGGUGUUUGAACAGCAACAAUAAUGAACAACUGGAAAUAUUUGACUCAGCUGAACUAUUGUCUGGCUUAAUUUCUUUGGGCUGGACACCAGUUGAUAUAGGGCCAUCGACAUUGGAGAGAAUUUCUUCUUUAUUGUCAUCGUACAAGAAGAUCCUAUGGAUCGGUCCUACAAGCUUUGACUUGACAGAAGAAUUUUCUGUCGGGGCAACACAGUUGGGCCAGAUACUGAACAAAGCAAGUCAUAAUAGCUGUGACAUUAUUUUAGUAGGGGGUGCAGUAUGCAAGGCAGUAAAAGCAAUAUCAGAUUCUUCAUCACAAUAUACAGCAUUUGAAAAUGAAUCUAUUGUAUGGGAAUUUCUCAAAGGAAGAAUAUUGCCUGGUAUUGCAGCAUUGGAUAAAAGCUAUCCCUAUCAGAUUCCAUGGGAUGACGUCUUCUCUGACACCAAACAACCAUUGUUUGUUGAUAUAGGAAGUGGAAAUGGUUUGUUUCUAUUCCAAAUGGCUAGAAACUGGGAAGGCUCGAAUUUUCUUGGGCUUGAGAUGAAUGAAAAGCUUGUUGUAAGGUGCCUUCAGGAUGUAGCAUCGGCUGGGAAAAGAAACUUAUACUUUCUAUCGACAAAUGCAACCUCCACAUUUCGCUCGAUAGUUUCAAGUUAUCCUGGACUGUUGACACUUGUCUCAAUACAGUGCCCAAAUCCUGACUUCAACAAAGAGCAAAAUAGGUGGAGAAUGGUACGAAGGAUGCUUGUCGAAGCUGUUUCCGAUCUUCUUCAGGUCAAUGGAAAGAUCUAUUUACAGUCGGACGUGGAGUCUGUCCUGCUUGGAAUGAAAGAGCAGUUCAUCUCGCACGGCAAGGGCCAGCUCGUGGUGGACAGCGAUGGCCGGAUGGAGAACCCGUUUGGCGUGGUGUCCGAUUGGGAGCGCCAUGUCCUGGCUCGUGGAGCUCCAAUGUACAGAACGAUGCUCCGAAAAGUGUGAAAGCUGGAAGGUCCAAGUUGAGAUUUCAGACUGCUCUCGUACUAAAAAAAAGCAGAGGAAGUACAUCUAUUUUUUCGAUAAGUAUUUUCGGACGAAGAGAGUAGCAGAGAAGGAUGGACACCAUGAUAGGAGUAGGAGAGCGACCUGCGCGCCAUGGCGGCUUGGUUGGCAAGUGGGUGUGAGUACGUGACUGCAACGUGAUGCUGAUGCACAUCUAUUUCGCACUAAAUUUCUUUAAAAUUUUCCUCCUGAAUUUUGGACUGGAAAUAAUCAACAGAGAGAUACCUUGGCUGGCAA